AUGCCAGCCACCAAGCCCAGCAUGACCACCAUGAAAGCAGUCGGUAAUGACGUCCCCCACCGCGAGCCACACCCCCACCCUUCACUGACAUCCAAGCCCACACGCGCAGACAUACGGGGCGGCACGGGCGAGGCAGAGGCCCUCUUCAUCAACGGCGACACGCCGGUGCCGACCGUCGGCCCGGGCCGCGCCCUCGUCCGCGUGCGCGCCUUCGGCCUGAACCGCAUGGACAUCCUCCAGCGUCGGGGCCAGUACCCGGUCCCCCCGCAGGCGCCGACGACGUUAGGCGUAGAGUUCAGCGGCGUCGUCGUCGAGAUCGGCGGCCCCUCCGGCUCCGGCUCCGGCUCCGGCUCCGGCUCCGGUGACGACGGCGACGGCGACGGCGACGACGAUAGACACCGCCGUCACGACUUCCGUCCCGGCGACGAGGUCUUCGGCCUCGCCUACGGCGGCGCCUACGCAGAGUACAUCUCCGUGAGCGCCAAGAUGCUGCUCCGGAAGCCGGCGGGCCUGACGCACGAGCAGUGCGCCGCCAUCCCCGAGGCCUGGAUCACCGCCACCCAGGCCCUGCACCUGGUCCUGGGCUUCGAGAGGGGGCGGUCCAUACUCUGGCACGCCGCCGCGUCGGGCGUGUCCGUCGCCGGCAUCCAGCUGUCCCGCCUGGCCGGCGCCUCGGCCGUCUACGCCACCGCCGGCUCCGACGAGAAGUGCCGCUUCGUCACCGAGGAGAUGGGCGCCACCGCCGCCGUCAACUACAAGUCCCGCGGCGGGGUGUGGGCCCCCGCCGUGGCCGAGCUGGCCGCCUCCCACGGCGGCGUCGACUACAUCGUCGACUUCGUCGGUGGCUCCUACUUUCAGCAGAACCUCGACGUGGCCGCGCGGGACGCCCGCAUCGUCCUCCUCGGCUUCAUGGGCGGCGCGCAGAUCCCGGACGUCGACAUCGCCCCCAUCCUGCUCAAGCGUAUCCGCAUCGAGGGGAGCACCCUGCGCAGCCGCGACGAGGACUACCAGGGCAGGCUGAGGGACCGCCUAGAGGGGUACCUGCCUGCCUUUGAGAGCGGGGACCUCAGCGUCGUGGUCGACUCCGUCUUCCCGUGGGAUCGCAUACAGGAUGCUCAUAGGUACAUGGAGGCCAAUAGCAACUCGGGCAAGAUCGUCUGCACCGUUCCGUAG